GGGAACAGUCGUGGGAUUUUAGAAAUCAGGUUGGUGGCUAAAAGGACAAAGUAACUGGAAUUAAUUAAUAUGAGUGAUGACAAACCUUUCCAAUGCACUGCUCCUGGAUGUGGACAGAGAUUCACAAAUGAAGACCACUUGGCUGUCCACAAACACAAACAUGAGAUGACACUGAAAUUUGGCCCAGCAAGAAAUGACAAUAAUAUUAUCGCUGACCAAACUCCUACACCCACCCGCUUUUUGAAGAAUUGUGAAGAAGUUGGGCUCUUCAAUGAACUUGCGAGUCCUUUUGAUCAUGACUUCAAAAAAGCAGCUGAAGAUGACAUUAAAAAGUUACCUCUGGAUUUGUCACCUCUUGCUACACCCAUUAUACGCAACAAAAUUGAGGAACCCCCAGCUAUCGAUGCACAUAGAGAUAGUCCUCUGCCUCACCCUGAGUCGACAACAAAUGAUGAGAAGGACUUGUCUUUGCAGCCAGCCUCACUGCCAACAUCUACUAUAGUCCACCCUGCAUCCCUUCAAGUUCCCAAUGUACUUCUAGCAACUACAGAGGCUAAUGUUGUAAUACAGCAAGCUCUCCCAUCGCCAACAUCUAGCUCUGUUAUUACCCAAGUCCCAUCCACUAAUAGACCUAUAGUCCCGGUGUCUGGCACCUUCCCUGUGCUCUUACAGUUGCCUAAUGGCCAGACCAUGCCAGUUGCUAUACCUGCGUCCAUUACGAGCUCGAGUGUACAUAUUCCAACUACGAUCCCUCUUGUCAGACCUGUCACCGUAGUGCCUACCGUUCCUGGAAUCCCCGGACCGCCCUCGCCACAACCUCAGCCCAUCCAAACAGAAGCAAAGCUGAAACUGAAAGCCACAACAAUAAGCCAGCAGCUUCCUCAGGUAACUAAUGGAGAUGGCGUUGAAGUCCAAAGCAGUGCCGUGACCCACACUGCUAAUCCUGCUUCUCCGACCCCGACUCCAGCCCCAACUGUGAUCCUAACUGCGGCUCCUCAACUGCCUACAACCGAGGAACCCUCCACACAUUCCCUUCAGCAGCCAGCCACCUCCACCACAGAAACACCUGCUUCCCCAGUGCCCCCUGCGCAAAACCCUCCCAGCACAGGGGGACGGCGCCGGAGAACCACAAGUGAAGACCCCGAUGAGAAGAGACGCAAGUUCCUGGAGCGUAACAGGGCUGCAGCUUCUCGCUGUAGGCAGAAGAGAAAAGUGUGGGUCCAGUCUCUGGAGAAGAAGGCUGAAGACCUCAACACUAUGAACGGACAGCUACAGAAUGAAGUCACCCUGCUGAGAAACGAAGUGGCUCAGCUGAAGCAGCUUCUUCUGGCUCAUAAAGAUUGCCCCGUAACCGCCAUGCAGAAGAAGUCUGGUUAUCACAUCUCCGACAAAGACGAAAGCUGCGAGGAGAUGUCCGUCCCCAGCAGCCCGCAAAACGAGGCCAUCCAGCACAGCUCCGUCAGCACCUCCAACGGGGUCAGCUCCUCCUCGUCAGUCCCGGCCAUCCCCGCCCCGUCCAGCGCCGCCGCGUCAAAUCAGAGCACAGAGGAGAGCCAGCCACGGAGGGGCGCCACCAAGUCCCAGCCUUCAGGGAGCUGAUCGUCCACACUGGAGCCGCUGCCUCUUCAGUCUGUGACAAACAGAGGAAAAGGAUUCUCUCUGUUCGGACCGUACUCUUUUUAAUUUAUCCUUGAAUGUUUUCCGUUUGCUCUGUUUUGUACUUUAUAGGCUUUUGAGCGCGGUGUUUUCUCUGCAACUGAAGAAGACAGAAGGACAGGCACUUUAGGUUUAAAAUGUAAAACACGUGAUUUUGAGCUGCUUUUGUAUUUGUUUGACUUAUUUAUUGAUCC